CCUCCGCGAUGGCCUCGGCGCUCAGCUGCGUCUCCAGGUUCAAGUCCUUCCUGAUCUUGUUCCUCACGCCGCUCCUGCUGCUGCCGCUCGUCAUUCUGGUGCCCGCCAAGUUCGUCAGGUGCGCCUGUGUCAUCAUCCUCAUGGCCGUGUACUGGUGCACGGAGGUCAUCCCGCUGGCCGUCACUUCCCUCUUGCCUGUCUUGCUCUUCCCGCUCUUGAAGAUUCUGGACUCCAAGCAGGUGUGUGUCCAGUACAUGAAGGACACCAACGUGCUGUUCCUGGGCGGCCUCUUCGUGGCCGUGGCCGUGGAGCGCUGGAGUCUGCACAAGAGAAUAGCCCUGCGCACGCUCCUGUGGGUGGGCGCCAGGCCGGCAUGGCUGAUGCUGGGUUUCAUGGGGAUCACGGCCUUUCUCUCCAUGUGGAUCAGCAACACGGCGACCACGGCCAUGAUGGUGCCCAUCGUGGAGGCCAUACUGCAGCAGAUGGAGGCCGCCAGCACCGCAGAGGCCGGCCUGGGGGCCCUGGAGCUGGCAGACAAGGGCAAGGCCAGCCAGCUGCCAGGGAGCCAGGUGACCUCUGUGGGGCCCACUGAGGGGCUGUGGGCUGACCGCGAGCGGAGGCGCGUCCGCAAGGCCAUGACCCUGUGCGUGUGCUACGCGGCCAGCAUCGGAGGCACCGCCACACUGACGGGGACGGGGCCCAACGUGGUGCUCCUGGGCCAGAUGCACGAGUUGUUUCCGGACAGCCAAGGCCUGGUGAACUUCGCCUCCUGGUUUGGGUUUGCCUUUCCCAACAUGCUGGUGAUGCUCUUGCUGGCCUGGCUGUGGCUGUGGUGCGUCUACAUGAGGUUCAGCUGUAAGGCGUCCUGGAGCUGCGGGCUGGAGAGCAGGGAGCGCCAGGACGCCGUGAGCACGGUGCUGCGGCAGGAGUACAGGAAGCUGGGGCCCUUCUCCUUUGCCGAGGCCAACGUCCUGGCCUGCUUCCUCCUGAUGAUCGGCCUCUGGUUCUCCCGGGACCCUGGCUUCAUGCCCGGCUGGGUGUCGCUGGCCUGGGAGGAGGGCAAGACGAAGUACGUGUCCGACACCACCGUGGCCAUCUUCGUGGCCACCUUGCUGUUCAUAGUGCCUUCGCAGAGGCCCCAGUUCCACAUCCGCGGCCAGACGGAAGAGGAAAGGAAAACUCCAUUUUACCCCCCCGCGCUGCUGACCUGGAAGGUGACCCAGGAGAAGGUGCCCUGGGGCAUCGUGCUGCUGCUGGGGGGUGGCUUCGCGCUGGCCAAAGGCUGCGAGGCCUCGGGGCUGUCGGAGUGGAUGGGGAAGCAGAUGGAGCCCUUGCGCUUCGUUUCCCCCGCGGCCAUCACCCUGAUCCUGUCCCUGGUUGUCGCUGUGUUCACCGAGUGCACGAGCAACGUGGCCACCACGACCCUCUUCCUGCCCAUCUUGGCCUCCAUGUCGCGCUCCAUCGGCCUCAACCCGCUGUACGUGAUGCUCCCGUGCACCCUGAGCUCCUCCUUCGCCUUCAUGCUGCCCGUGGCCACGCCGCCCAACGCCAUCGUGUUUUCCUACGGACACCUCAAGGUUUCCGACAUGGUGAAAACAGGACUCAUGAUGAACAUAAUCGGAAUCUUCUGUGUAUUUCUGGCUGUCAACACGUGGGGCCGCGCCAUAUUUGACUUGGACCGUUUCCCCAGCUGGGCUAAUGUGACGCACACGGAGCCCUAGGGAGAGCCUCACGACCCAGCACGCCGCCCCCACCCUCCUGAGGACCCCCGAACCUCCCAGCACAGCACCCAGCACAAGUUUGGGGUUUGCUCCCCAAAGCGAUCCAGCGAUGCCCACACCCCCACGGAGACCCAGCCUGGGGGCCCCACGCAGAGCUGGGGGGGUGGUCCUCAGGGCGGAAGAGCCGGAGGCCCCAGUGGCCUCCCUCACUCCAG